UCUCGCUCUCCUGUUUUGUUGCCGUUGUGGUGGUAGGGAGUGAGUGAGGUGAGGGCUCCUAAUCAUGGGAAGAUCUCCUUGCUGCGACAAAGCCAACGUCAAGAGAGGGGCGUGGUCCCCUGAAGAGGACGCCAUACUCAAGAGCUACAUGCACAAGCAUGGCUCUGGUGGUAACUGGAUCACCCUCCCCACCAAAGCUGGGCUGAGGCGGUGUGGCAAGAGUUGCAGGCUGAGAUGGCUCAACUACUUGAGGCCGGACAUCAAGCAUGGAGGCUUCACUGAGGAGGAAGAUAAUGUCAUCUUCGCCCUCUACGCCGCCUUAGGAAGCAGAUGGUCGUUAAUAGCUUCGAGACUGCCCGGAAGGACAGACAACGAUGUGAAGAACCACUGGAACACCAAGCUGAAGAAGAAGCUCCUCUCUGCGGGACAAACGGCUCGUCUCAGGAGCGAUAAAAAUCAGAACUUGGGCGGGCGUGCGGCCUCUGGCGUUCCUAAGCUCGAGACCCACGAUGACCAUAUCGUAGAUUCAUCACCAUAUUGCUUCUACACCAGCAGUUUCAGCGCAUUGCCCCAGUUACACACGAGUCCCGGCCAUCAAGAAUACAGCAACUUCGAUCAUCAGGACCAGAAAGCACCGAGCUUUCUAGCCCCGAAUGCAGUGGAAAGUUCGGAUCUUGGCACUGGUGGGAACAACUUCGGCGCCGCCUCUUCAACAUCGCUGCAAGAGGUAUCCAGUCUCUCCACCGCUUCGUCUUCUCUCGCGUUUCGUGGGAACGAUGAAGUCAAUGCAGAGGAGGAGGAGGAGCAGAUCUUUCUGGAUUUCGAUUAUGACAUCCUAAACGGGUUUUGGUCGUGCGAACAAAGCGGCUUCAUUUGGCUGACAUAGCUUUAACUCGUCGAUUGAUUAACUGGGAGAUCAGAAACACGAUUCAGGAGAGAUGUUUAAGGCUAGAAAAAGUACAGGAUGAAAAAUAGAGCGUGGAGGCUCAAGAUUGUCCUAUGUUAAAAGUAAAGGUUGCUGUUUGUUUAAAGCGUUUUAGCAAUGGCCACGUCGCUGUCUGUGAGGGUGACUUUCUAGUCAGCACACCAGUUUCGGUUUGGCCUCUGACUGGUCAAGGGUUCAUCAAGCUUGCAUGUUUCUCCCUUCUCCUGCAAUGGAGUCAAACGCAUCUCUUCUCCCUCCCA